AUGUUCAGUGGCUCCUCGAGCCCACCCAAAGACAGAAUCGACACUACACCCCCCGUGACCGGAAUCGACUCGAAUUCCUUGAGUCUUCAACCCGAGAACGCCAGUCCUCGCGACAAAAGAUUUUCCCCGCCCGGUGCCGGAUUCUUUCGUCGUCAGAGCGAAGACCAAGGCCCCUCCAGUGAGAAGAAACGCAGGAGUAGCACUGUCACUAAAGCCGCGAGCUUCUUCAGUAACGCCAAGAACUCUCUCAUUUCGAACGGUGGUCGGGAAUCUUCUUCGUUCAGCACCAGUCCCUCGAUCUCGGAGAGUCCGCUGGAGAAGCUUGGAAGGAUGGAUCCCGCUCUCAGCGUUCCACAAGGGUCGUUCAAUAACUCGGCCGGAGAAUCCGCACCUACUGCGCGUUCAUCUUUUCGCGUCGGUGUCACAGAAGACAAGAACCGAAAAUGCCGCCGUACCAUGGAAGACACACAUGCCUACCUGUACAACUUUUUAGGUACUCCGGCCCCGAAUGCAACGCCCGACAUAAACGGCAAUGAGACCCCCGGUGCUGCGAGCGCGUCACAGACCUCCGAUGAUUCGUCAAAUGUGGUAGAAACAGACAAUGGAUAUUUCGCGAUCUUCGACGGGCACGCCGGUACUUUCGCCGCCGAGUGGUGCGGGAAGAAGCUGCAUUUGAUUUUGGAAGAGAUCAUGCGGAGAAGCCCCAACACGCCCGUGCCCGAGCUUCUCGAUCAGACAUUUACCAGCGUCGACCAGCAGCUGGAGAAGUUGCCGCUCAAGAACAGCGGGUGUACGGCCGUGACUGCCGUGCUCCGUUGGGAAGACCGCAUCCCCAGCUCAAAUUCAGCCACUGGAUCCGCUGCUUUGGCCCCUGCAGCUGCCGCUGCGACCAAGGGUGACUCUAAUUCCGAGAGCACUGAGACCCCGACUCAACAAUCACAGUCUAGCGGACCCCUCCCCAAAUUGCAGGAAAAGGCUGCUCGCCAACGCGUCCUUUACACUGCUAACGUGGGUGAUGCUCGCAUCGUCUUGUGCCGUAAUGGGAAAGCCCUGCGUCUAUCGUAUGACCAUAAGGGUAGUGAUGAGAAUGAAGGAAAAAGGAUUUCCAAUGCUGGUGGUCUGAUUCUCAACAACCGUGUCAACGGAGUGCUAGCUGUUACUCGAGCUCUUGGUGAUGCUUAUCUCAAGGACCUGGUGACCGGGCAUCCUUAUACCACGGAGACGGUCAUCCAGCCUGAUGCCGAUGAGUUUAUCAUUCUGGCUUGCGACGGGUUGUGGGAUGUCUGCAGUGACCAAGAGGCUGUUGAUCUUAUACGCAAUGUGCAAGACGCCCAGCACGCAUCCAAGAUCCUCGUGGACCAUGCUCUUGCCCGCUUCAGCACUGAUAACCUGUCCUGUAUGGUUAUCCGCCUCGACUCAAAUCGGGUCAGGGAUGUUGUCAACAGCAAGGCUGAGCCAAUUGGUGUCGAUGGUGAUGUGACUGGCGUUUCCCACGGCGUCAGUGAAGCCGACAAGAUUCUUGAGGGCGCCAGGAAAACCAUGGCCAGUGCCGGGAUAGCGGACGACCCAGAGGCAGCCGAGCAGGCUAAUGAAGCAAUCCUCGAGAGAAUGGCGAACGACGAAGAACCCGGGCCUGAAAUGAAUGUCGACGACCACAGCCAUUUGCCUUCUGUUGACAUUCUCGGCCCGUCAGAAACUCGGACGACUCGCUAA